AUGUAUGCUACACAGCCUGGAAUAUUUUUUCAAAUCGCAAAUGUUGACAUGACAGUUGUUCUUGUAUAUUUGUUGCAAUUACUCGUCACUUGCUUUCCGGUAACGUAUGCGUCAUCCGGGAAGUACGGUGGAUUUUCGGAGCUUCAUUUGAAAGACCUGCGCAACCGCACGAAAAGCCUAUUCUAUCAUGGAUUCAAUAGCUACAUGGCCCAUGGAUUUCCUUAUGACGAGGUGGAUCCGCUCACUUGCGAGCCUGCGUCUCGCGACUACGAGGAUAUUCACAACACAUGGAAGAACGACGCGAUGGGAAACUAUUCUCUAACUCUUUUCGAUACAUUGGACGCAUUCGUGGUGCUCGGAGACAAGCAAGGCUUUGAACGGAAUAUCCAGUUGAUCAGAGACACGUAUCAAAAUUUUGACAUUGACGCAAACAUCCAGGUUUUUGAGACCACCAUCAGAGUCCUAGGAGGACUAUUGAGUGCGCACUUAUAUGCUUCCGACGAACGGCGAGGAUAUAGUAUCGAAAACUACGACGGAUUUCUUCUUCGUCUGGCAUACGAUCUCGGAAAAAGACUUGUGCUAGCAUUCGAAAACAAGUCUGGAGUGCCGUAUCCGCGCACAAAUCUCAGGUACGGGCCGCUAAAGGUACCCAAGAGCCUGCAAAGAGAGCAAUGUACGGCAGGAAUUACUUCUCUGAUUUUAGAGUUUGGACUGCUCUCUCGACUCACCAACGACCCAAUUUUCGAACUCAUUUCUAGAAAAACGUUCCUCAACAUGUGGUCUUCAAAAACUGUGCUAGGAUUGUUACCAAUGACUGUGGAUGCGCGGUCCAACAUUUUCACGGACCAGAUCACGGGUGUUGGUGCGUCCAUCGACUCAUUUUACGAGUAUGCUCUAAAAUACUCCAUAUUAUUCGACGAUGAAAUAUUCAAUGACAUCUGGCAAGAGUCUUACAAGGCGCUGCUCAUGCACUCACAAAAUUCAAUUGGCAUUUUUACCAACAUUCAUGCCUCCAAUGCAGCUGCGGCCAGGGAAUGGAUCGAUGCUCUUGGGGCAUUUUUCCCUGGGUUGCUGGUUUUAGCUGGAGACUUGAAGAACGCGUUUGACUUCUACACGGUAUAUUUCAAACUGUGGAACACUUACGGAGCCAUUCCUGAACGAUGGGAUUUUUCUGGGUUCCGUUGGAGCUACGCCAACAGGAACUCCAAGCCAUACCAUCUUUUGGAUAGUUUGCCAGGAAUGUCUCUUGAGGAAACGAAGGUCGCAUUGAUGAACGACGCCGUGCUUCUUGAAUGGUAUCCCUUACGUCCUGAAUUCGUUGAGUCGACGUACUUCCUUUAUAGAGCGACUAAGGACCCGUUUUUUUUGCGCGUUGGCGAAGCCAUUUUGCAGCGUUUUGAAACAGAGUUUCAUGCUCCUUGCGGAUUUGCAGGAAUUGACAACAUCAGAAUCGGCACCAGACAGGCACGGAUGGAGAGCUUUGUUUUAAGCGAAACGCUCAAGUACCUGUAUUUGCUGUUCGACCCAGAAAAUGAUCUCCAUACAAAAAACGGUGCAGCGAUAUUUUCAACGGAAGCACAUCCAUUUUGGUUUGACGACAAGUUGAAAGUGUACAAUAUGCACCAGGACAUUGCGAUUCCAGAAAUAACGGAGAAAGGAGUUAUGGAAGCGGUUUGGGAUAAACUUUUUGCACAAGCUCCGCCUCAGGAAGUAGAUAUCCAGUUUGCAAAACUAAGACUCGAGAAAAAUGCACUCCCGGACUAUACACCUAUCACAUUGACAGAAAGAAUGAAGGAAGCAUUGGACAGAUACCACGUCAAAUAUCCUUCCAAUCUGGAGCCAGGAAAGCGUAUAUUUGUUAACCCAAAAGUGUACCAGCUACUCAAGCCGUAUAUGACCGAAAAAGAUUCAAACAGAAUUAUCCAGGAAAUGAACCUGACUCUAGAUCCAGACUACUUGGGGCUGUCCAAAUGUCAGGUUUUCUCACGGGAUCACACGUUCGUGCACUCUAAGAUCCUCCAGUAUCCAAUGUUCUACCGCGUGAAUGACAGGUAUCAAGUAGCGCUGCACAGCCCUCCUUAUUACAGAAAUACAACCAAUAUCGAGAUCGAUGGGCCAUUUUACGAUCUUUUUGGAACUAAUGGGAUGGUGUCGUUCCCAACGCAAUCAACAGAAGAUUUUGAUGCCUUGAUUGGAUCUUUAGAGGGAGUUUUAGAUACGCGUAUUUACCGAGUGGUGGCAGGACCAAAUUACCAACCAGAUGAAAAUGCCACUGUGCCGAUUUUGCCACAAGAUUUGUAUCUUCCGGCACUAGACAAUCUUCGGAUGACUUUUGAACGUCUGACGCCUGGUAGAAUCGACCGAUAUGGUCAGAUUGUCGAGGUGGGCCAGUACAACUGCUCGCUGAGGCUGCUCAAAAUUAAUGGGUGCAAUUUGGAGAUGGACGACAUAGUCUGGGUUGAUUACGGUUGGCUCAGAACAUCGAAUCCAUAUGGCAACAUUGGGUACACGCAAAACGGGUUUCUCACCAUCAACGGAGAGUUGGUUGCAAAUAUUCGGAUAGUUCCAGAUUAA